GAGCCCCCUGGUCAUCAAUGGCCCAAGUUCAGUAUCCAAAAGAGAGACGGAAUCUUUCAACGGCGCAUUUCUCAAGAGUCUAGAAUUCGAGGGCAACUUCUGAGACACGCCGUCUCUUGGGACAACUUUCUUUGGAUCUUGUACGGCGUCAGCGUACUCGUCCUUGUCCGUUCGCUAUUUCGUGUCAUUGAGUAUAUCCAAGUUUAUGAUGGAUAUUUGCAAACAACCGAGGUGUUUCUCUACAUCUUUGAUGCUACUCUCAUCUUCCUGGUCACAUUCAUCCUAGCCGCGUUUCACCCUAGCAUGGUCAUGACCGUGGACGACGACGGCAACAUUGUCUCCCCAAACGGGACACAUGAACUGAGAAGCUUUGUGUCGUUGGGAACUUACAGCGCCCACGACCUGAGCGUCAGCCUGGCCCCGAAGGACAAUACCACAGGAGGAUAUGAGCACUGA